AUGACGGCUGGACUCAAAACAAUCAUCGCUCUCUCCUUUGUCCUUGCCAUUGGCUUUCUCCUUGUGAUUCUCUCCUCGGCUCUCUGGCACAACUUUCUGCCGCUGACCGUCGUUGCGACCUACGUUAUUGCGCCGCUCCCGAACUGGAUAUGUUCACGAUGUGCGAAUCCCGACGACUUUAUGGACAGUUCUGGCAAUGCUGUCGCUGACUUUGGCCGAUUCUUGACCGGUUUUCUGGUACUUAUGGGUAUUGCUCUUCCAGCAGUCCUCGCGCACAGUGGCGCCAUUGAAGUGCCUGCGAUGAUCAUGUCCAUCCUCGGAGGUCUGUUGAUUUACGGAACAAUCAUCAGCUUUUCCAUGUUUUUCCAGGAACAAGAGGAGUUUUGA